AUGCGCAACCAGGAGCGACCGGUCACACCAGCCUUUCAGACAAGCUUGUCAGGGGGCGUAUAUUCGAACGCAAAGGACUUGCGUACCAUUGCUCUCUCUAUACUGCACAACGAGCUACUCUGCGACAAUGUGGUUCGUGAAUGGUUAAAGCCACGAGGCCAUACAGCCAGCUUGACCACCUCCCUCGGCGCACCUUGGGAGAUAUACCGAUUGACUAUUCCCGUCUCCGCUGAUACGAACCGAACACGCGUCUCCGACCUAUACACUAAAGCGGGAGGAAAUGCGGGCUAUGCUGCUAUCUUCGCUAUUUCGCCAGACCAUGGCAUUGGCUACACUAUCCUUCUGGCGGGCGCAAGUGCGGUCCCUGAUCGAGUCCCUCUCCGCAACCUCAUUGGCGAGGUCUUCAUUCCUGCUGCUGAAGCCGCUGCCUUUGAGAAUGCGGCUACCAAUUACGCUGGUAAAUUUGCAGACCCGGACAACGAACUCUCCAAUCUCACGCUCACCGUCGACAAAGACGAGCCAGGCCUCGGCCUUCCUUCUCUAUUUGUUGACGGUGUGAACUGGCUGUCGAAUAUUACGCAGCCAUUGUUAGAUCCUGCCGCGUCGGUAAAUAUAAGCAACCGUUUGUAUCCUUCUGGAGGCGAGUAUAUCUCGCCUUCGAAUGGCAGGCUCGUCAAGCAAUUUGAUGCGGUUUCUGGAAAAGCUGGUGGGAUUCCAAGAUCGCAGGUCGAAGGCGGAACUGGAUUGUUUGACGAUGGUUGUACGGCUUGGGAGACGACCGGUUUUUUCACCACAACUGAAUUCGAGCUUGAGGUCGUGGAAGGAAGGGUAAUGGCAGUGAGGAUGCUAGAUUCAAACGUCACGAUGACGAGGUUGGAUUAG